AUGACCAAUAACAGCUCACUGGUGGGUGGUGUGUCUUAUCAGCAGCAGGUUUACCGGAUCAUUUUUGUGCAGAUCCUGGUGGGGAUUUUUGUUUACAUUAACUUUUUGCUCAUUUUUACCUUUUUUAAAAAGGAGUGUUUCUACACAAACGCACGCUACAUCUUAUUUGCUGUUACACUACUAUCUGAUAGCAUGUUGUUGAUCAUUUCUACUAUCACUGUCAUGUUUGCCUAUUUCAGGUUUGAUAUACAAGUUGGCCUGUGUAUCAUUCUCUGUAUUAUUUUGUCUCUGUACUCUUUUGUCACACCGAUUACUUUGACAGCAAUGACUCUGGAGCGUUAUGUUGCCAUCUGCAUGCCCCUGCGACACGGAGAGCUGUCCUCCACACGCAGCGCUGUGCACUGCAUCCUCAUCAUUCAUGGCCUCAGCGCUGUUCCCUGUAUUAUGGUUCUCUCCGCCUUCUUUGCAACAGCCUCUCUUAGCUUUUACACAAAAAAAAGGACGUGUUCAAUGGAGACCUUCAAUGUGUACAUAUGGCAGAGUCAUAUGUUGUCAGCUAUAAACCAGUUGUACUUUUUGCUCAUGUUAAUUACUAUUGUAGUAUCUUAUGUUAAAAUAGUGAAAGUGGCCAAAGCUGCAUCAGGAGAGAACAAGAAGUCAACAUGGAAAGGGCUCAGAACGGUCAUUCUUCAUGCUUUCCAGCUGCUACUGUGUCUCAUCAAGCUGUGGGGCCCGUUCAUAGAAGCUGCUUUACUUCCGAUUGAUUUACAGUUAUAUAUUGAUGUCAGGUACAAUAACUACAUAAUGUUUAUACUAGCUCCCAGAUGUCUGAGUCCUCUCAUCUAUGGCCUCAGGGAUGAAACAUUGUCUCAUGCAUUGAAAAGCUACGCUUCCUUUGGCUUGUAUAAAAAAAAUAGAAUUUGA